AUAUAUUAUUGUUAUUAUAAAUAUAUAUAAUUUGUUUAAGACAAUAGUCUUUUUUUUGGUACAUAAUACAUAUUAUUGCUACACGGUUGGGUAAGAAAAUAAAAAUGAAAUAUUUUUACAGAGAAUUGUAAUAUAACUAACUAUUAAGUAUUAACUAAAGUUUCAUCAACAACCGCCGCCGUUGAACCCGACUGCUUCACCGACGACUUUCUGACUCCCUCUCUCUUUUAUAUUUUUAUUAUUUAUUUAUAUAGAGAGAGGACCAGAUAGAUCAUGGAGUGAAACUCUAGACAACCCCAACAACUACACUAGUAUAGCUUUGCUAAUAUAGAUAUAUUAUUAUAAGUAGAAAGAGAGAGAGAGGAGCAGAUUCAGAGAGAGAAAAUGGGUUGUGGAAAUUUGUUCUUCACAACUUUGAUAACCUUUUCUGUAGCUUUGAUUACAUACAACAUAAUAAUCUCAGCAAAUGCUCCAUUGAAGCAGGAUUUCCCAGGUCCAUCGAGAACUUCAUCGAUUUCCAUGGACCCGGUUAUCCAGAUGCCGGUUGAGAAAUCAAAAGGGAAAUCUGGGUCUAAGAGGCUGUUUCACACGGCAGUAACGGCGUCUGACUCCGUCUACAACACGUGGCAGUGCAGGGUCAUGUACUACUGGUUUAAAAAGUUUAAGGAAGGACCCAAUUCCGAGAUGGGUGGCUUCACAAGGAUCUUGCACUCUGGGAAGCCUGAUCAGUACAUGGACGAGAUCCCUACUUUCGUUGCUCAGCCUUUACCUGCCGGAAUGGAUCAGGGCUAUAUAGUUCUCAAUAGGCCAUGGGCGUUUGUGCAGUGGCUUCAAAAGGCAGACAUUAAAGAAGAUUACAUACUGAUGUCUGAGCCAGAUCAUAUCAUUGUUAAGCCCAUACCAAACUUAUCUAGAGGUGGGUUUGGAGCUGCAUUUCCCUUCUUUUAUAUUGAACCGAAAAAGUACGAGUCUGUUCUCAGAAAGUACUUCCCUAAGGAGAAUGGACCAAUAACUAAAAUCGACCCGAUCGGGAAUUCUCCUGUCAUUGUUGGGAAGGAAGCUCUUAAGAAGAUUGCUCCCACUUGGAUGAAUGUGUCUUUGGCAAUGAAGAAAGAUCCUGAAACAGACAAAGCUUUUGGUUGGGUUCUUGAGAUGUAUGCUUAUGCUGUUUCAUCUGCUCUCCAUGGUGUUGGUAACAUCUUAUACAAGGAUUUCAUGAUUCAGCCUCCAUGGGAUACUGAAAUAGGCAAAAAGUUUAUAAUUCAUUACACUUAUGGAUGUGACUAUAAUUUGAAGGGUGAAUUAACAUAUGGAAAGAUUGGAGAGUGGAGAUUUGACAAAAGGUCUUAUGAUAGAGUUGCUCCCCCAAGAAAUCUACCUCUACCUCCACCUGGUGUUCCAGAAAGUGUGGUGACAUUGGUGAAAAUGGUCAAUGAGGCGACAGCAAACAUUCCAAAUUGGGGAUCAUAGGCGAGAGGGCUGGAGCUAUUGAAGGAAGGUACUUGCUCUGCUGGAUGGACCCUCCCUCCGUUUCUCGUAAAUAUGGCGUAAACCGUGGAUUAAAAGUUAAAAUUCCGAGUCACCGCCUAUUUAUUUGAGUUUAAAUACACAGACCCUUUUUAUUAUGGCAAUUUAUUGGUUCCUACUGCCAGAGUUCUCUUAACUCCGGCUUCAUUCCUUGGUUUCUUUUUUCUUUUUUGGGUUCUUUUGUAGGUUGCAUCUAAUUAUGAAGCUAAAUUCAACUAUAGGGGAAUAAAACAUGUCUACAUUGAAUAACAAAAGAUAUAUAUAUCUCCACAUCACUACUCUCAGGAUGUGUUGUACUUUUCAUUUACUACCUAAACAUAAUGGAAAAUUUGAGGUUUAUGCA